AUGACCCGAAAGAUUCAACGACCCACGAGAACGGUCCGCGUAAUCUUCAACGACCCAUACGCCACCGACUCGUCUGACGACGACGAAGACGAGAAGAAAAAGGUCAAACGGGUCGUCCGCGAGGUCUCCUUCUCGAAAACCGAGAAGAACCCUCCCAAUCGACCCACGAGAAGCCCCGACAAAAAAAUUACCAUUUUGCCCUCAUGCAAGCUCCGUGGGGUCCGCAUGCGCAAGUGGGGCAAGUUUGCGGCCGAGAUCCGCGACCCAAUUCGCCACAAGCGAAUCUGGCUCGGCACUUACAACACUGCCGAGGAGGCCUCCCGAGCCUACGAGCUUAAGCGGAUUGAGUUUGAGAAAACGAAGCCAAAGGAGACACUCCACGUGUCGGAGGACUCAGGUGGGAGCAAUGUGUCAGUUGUUACCCGGCCCUCGACUUUGACAUUGGGCGAUAAUAAUGGAACGAACGAUAAUAAGAAUAACGUUUUCAGUCAUAAUAAUAAUACUGAGGAUAAUGAGAUUGAAGUAUUUGAGAGUGAGGAGGGCAAAUUGGUCAUUGGGCAAAAGCCGGAGAAUUGGGGGGUGAUUGACGAUGAAUUGGCGGAGAUGGCAUGGAUGGGAGGAAGAAUGGACUCAUUUGUGGGGCUCAAUGCUCUGUUGCCGGUAGAUGAUUUUGAGACGGUUAUGCAAAAGCCAGACGAGAUUAGCAUCGCUGACCUCCCGAUAAGUGACGUCGAGUGGGUGGGCUACUCGAGCGGCUUGCCUGAUUACGACUCGUUUUUCGACUUUGAGGCGUGGGAGUGA